AUGGCCAAGAACGACCCCUACAAGAAUGCCAGACACUGGGGCGCGCCGCCCGGGCCGGAGACCGAUCGUUUCCCUCCGUUUGUCAAACCGGCGAAUGAGUGUGCCAGCCGACUGAUUGACUACCAGUCCGUCUGUCAGAACCAGAACGAGCUGGAGGGCGCUCUCCGCCGCAUCAACAGGGCAUUGUAUGACGACCGUGUGAGACGUGCUGAGGCUAUGGGCAUUAAAGACACAAAGGGCUAUGCAGAGUCGUAUAACCCCGUCGGGCGCGAUAGUGAUGAUGUCGUCGUUCAAGAGUACUUCGACGGAGAGGACUAUAGCUGUACCGUCAUUCAAAUGGGCGACGCUUGUCUUGCCCUGACUCCAUUCAAGGUGGUCAGAAAGGACGAGACUCGCUCCGAGCUGUUACGCAAGAAAGAAAAUCCGGAUUUGUUUGAACGUCUCCAAAACAUCGCAAUCGACGCUUUCAUGGUUAGUGGAUGUCAAGGCAACAACAUGGGCUGCGCGGUUAGUCUUCGUGCCCGGCCGAAUGGCGACGUCUUCGCUAUUGAGGUCAACCCCCAGCCUGCGGCUUUCAUGCCUGAAAGGCCAUGCCGGGAUCUACCCAUCAUACACAGUCUUCCUGGAGGAUACCCAGCGGUCAUCAAUAUUUUCAUCGCGAACCACUUGCUCCGAAACGCAGCGCAACGGAAUGCCGAGGAGAAGAUUGCCGCCGCGUACGAUGACUUCGCUUCGAAAUACGACGCCGUCCAAGCCAGCAGCAGCACCAUUGCCGCGGCUAUUAGAAGCUUGACAGAGGCGUAUGACUUUGGCGGAACCGUCUUCGAUCUCGCCUGCGGCACGGGUCUCUUCGGGCGUGUGUUGACAGAAACCAAAGCCACGAGUGCAAGUAGUCGCCUACUGGGCUUUGGCAUAUCCACCCAGAUGGGGGAUAUCUGCCGGAGCAGCGGUGUGUAUGAAGCCGUUCAUAUCGAGUCCAUGGAGCAAGCUCUGCUCAGCCGGGAUCGCUUUGCCGUGGGCGUCGACCAUAUAGUUUGCUUCGCAGCGAUCCACUUCCUGCGCCCUGAGGUAUUCGCGUUUGUUCUGGUGCUUUGUUUCACCCUGGCCAGGAAGUCCAUAACCAUCGGUGUCGAUGAGAUCCCUGACGUUUACAAUGAAAAGCUCGAGCAAAUGAACGCUGGGCACAUGCAUGCAUGGAACCACCUUGCCCCUAUGCUGGCAUUCGGAGAGCCGCCCAAUUGGCAAUUGACGAAGAGUACGAGGCAGUAUUCUCGGACAUCGAUUGGCACAGGAGAUGAGAUUUAUACUACGUAUUUCCGAUUUGAUCGAAUCGGAGAAAGCCAAGAUCUGAUGUCCAAAGGGCCAGAGUUUCCCAAUUAA